AUGGCGGGGCCUAAAGCAUCCAGCUCACGGCCGAGGCGUCCGCUCGACAACGGCAGCACAAACAACGACAACGACCUCUCUCCUAACCCCAAUGGCCGACCCGCGAAGCGACUGCGGCCAUCUCUCGAGCCCGACGAGGCGAACGGCACCCGCCGUAACGACGAUGAUGCCAGCGACAGUGACGAGGACGAAACCGCAAACGAGACAUACUACUCCACAACCAGCGGUCGCCGGUCAAAUGGCGUCGCCACGGCUCCCCGGUCCAAGACCAAACCAACGUUUCAACCCAGCGCCAUCGUGCGCGUGACACUCGACAACUUUGUCACAUACGAGCACGCCGAGUUCGACCCGGGCCCGAGUCUGAACCUAGUUAUCGGGCCCAACGGCACGGGAAAGAGCUCGCUCGUGUGUGCCAUUUGCCUGGGCCUCGGUUUCCACUCCAAUGUGCUGGGCCGCGCGACGACGUUUGGCGACUUUGUCAAGCACGGCCGCUUGCAUGCCGUUGUCGAGAUUGAGCUGCAGGCUCGCGAGGACGAGAUCGAAAAUCACGUUGUGCGCCUGCGCAUCAACCGCGAGGACAACAGCCGAAAGUUUUGGCUCAACGGCCAGGAGGCGCCCCUGAAGCGCAUACAGUCGCUGAUGGCCGAGAUGCGCAUCCAGGUCGACAACCUGUGCCAGUUCUUGCCCCAGGACCGCGUGGCCGAGUUUGCGGGGCUCAACUCUAUUGACCUGCUUGCAAAGACGCUCGAGGCUGCGGCGCCCCUCGACAUGAAGGCCAUGCAAGCGUCGCUACGCGACAUCUACCACGCACAGCGCGACGCCGAGAAACAGAUCCAGAUUGACAGCGAGCAACUGCGCAUUCUCGAAGGCCGGCACCAGACACAACAGGCAGACGUGGAACGGUACCGGGAGCGUGAGGAGAUUCAAAAAGCCAUUGACGAUCUCGAGGAUUGCCAACCACUGGUGCACUACUACGAGGCCAAGCGCAGGUACCGCGAGCUGAAAGAGGAGCGGCGUAGAGCCAACCGCGAUCUCGCCGCUCUGACGUCCCGUCUGCAGCCGACGCUCGAAGCCAUCAGUUCCAAAGAGCGGUACCAGGAGCAGCUCAAGGCUGGGCUCAGUGUACGGACGGCGGUGCUGCAGAGUGCCGAGCAAGCUGUCGGACAAGCCCUCGCCAACAUAGAGCGCUAUGAAGACGAGAUCCAGUCGGCCAACGCCCAGCAUUUGGCGAUGGGUGAAUCCCGCGACAAGAAGAGAAAGGACAUUGCAGCCACCCGGCAAAAGAUCACGAGCCUCGAGGCCCGGAUCAAGAACAAGCCGCCCGAGUUUGUCGCCUCUGAGUGGAAUAUGAAGAUUCGAGACAAAGAGCAUCAGAGACGAGAAAUUGAGCAAGAACGUGGCGAAAUCGCGAGCGAAAUGACCCGUGUCAAGGGCGAGGCCUUUCGCUUGCAAACCGAAAAGAAAAAGGUCGAAAACGACAUGGCGGCGCUCGACUCGCAGCGUGGCCAGCAGAUCAGUUUCCUGCGGCGGAUUGCACCCGACGUAGCACGUGGAUGGGCGUGGCUUGAAGAGAACAAGGGCCAGUUCAGCAAGGAGAUUUUUGGACCGCCGAUGGCGACCUGUUCGAUCAAGGACCAGAACUACUCCAAUCUCAUCCAGAUGCUGUUUCAAAACGACGACUUCCUUUGCUUCACGACGCAGAGUAUUGAAGACCACAAGAAGCUCAGCAACCAGUUCUACGGAGCCAUGGGCCUGUCCGUGACGAUUCGGACGUGCACCACGCCCUUCAGCUCGUUCCGGUCGCCUUUCAGCCCGGACCAGCUGGCAUCGAUGGGCUUCGAGGGUACAGCCAUUGACUUCAUCGAGGGCCCGGAACCGGUGCUAGCCAUGCUUUGCGCCGAACGGCGAUUGCACCUGUCCCCGGUCAGCACACAACAGCCGCGGCCAGACCAAUACGACACAGUGGUGGCCAACGAGAACAUCAUGACAUGGGCCUCCAAAGACCAGGUGUAUCGCGUGAACCGGCGCCGCGAGUACGGUGCCCAUGCCGUCUCGACAGCAGUGCGGGACGUUCGUCCAGGCCGCUACUGGAAGACUGCGCAAGCAGAUGUUUCUGAGAAGACGGACCUGCAACAGAAACUGGACCAGUAUGACAACGAGAUACGGAAUCUUCAGGAAGAGAUGCGCGGCCUCAAAGAAAAGAUGGCCGGACCACUGCGGAUGAGCAAUGAGAUCGACGCAGAAAUAGAACGCCUGCGCGCCGAAAAGAACCAGCUGCAGACCGAGUACAACAAGUGGCUGGCGCUGCCGGAGAAAGUGCUGGCCGAGAACAACACGCUGAACCAGCUGCGCGAAGAGCACGCGGACCUCAGCGCGCAGCGGCAGCAGCUCGUAGCAACGCUCGACGACCUGGUGCAGCAAAAGGCCAAGGCGGUGCUGCGGCACGCCGAGCACGUGGCGCGGCUGCACGAAGCGUACCUGGCGUUUAUGGACGUGCAGGUGCGCGAAAUCGAGGCGGCGUCGGACGUGGCAGGCCUGCAGGCGCAGAACGCGCACCUGACGGCCCUGCGGGCCGAGAAGCAGCAGGCCCUGGCGGACAUUGUGGCGAACCUGGCGGUGCAGCGCGACCUCGGCGAGGCGGCCAUCCAGGAGGCACACAACAUUGCGCACGAGGGCAGCGAGCGGUCGCUGGCGCUGCACGCGCUGGCGCAGACCAAGACGACCGAGUCGCUGCAGAACGAGGUGGCGGCGGAGCGGGCGAAGCUGGAGCUGACGCGCGCCGUGGACGAGGGCGUGCUGGACGAGUACGAGCAGCGCGCGAGCAGGAUUGAGCAGCUGCGGCGCUCGCUGGCGACGACCACGGCCGACUUGGAGGGCAUGGCGGCGCAGGUGGCCGACGUGCGCGGGCGGUGGGAGCCGCGGCUGGACGACCUGAUUGGGCGAAUCAACGACGCGUUCAGCUACAACUUUGAGCAGAUCAACUGCGCGGGCGAGAUCAGCGUGCACAAGGACGAGGAUUUCGACAAGUGGGCGAUUGACAUCCGGGUCAAGUUCCGCGAGAACGAGGAGCUGCAGAAGCUGGACCAGCACCGGCAGUCGGGCGGCGAGCGUGCGGUGAGCACGAUUUUCUACCUGAUGUCGCUGCAGGCGAUGGCGCAGGCGCCGUUCCGGGUGGUGGACGAGAUCAACCAGGGCAUGGACCCGCGCAACGAGCGGAUGAUGCACGAGCGGAUGGUGGAGAUUGCGUGCCACGAGCACACGAGCCAGUACUUUUUGAUCACGCCCAAGCUGCUGCCGAACCUCAAGUACGACGAGAACAUGACGGUGCUGUGCAUCGCCAGCGGCCCGUUCGUGCCCGAUGGCAAGGCCAAACUGGACUUCCGCAAGUGCAUGGCGACGCAGCGGCGGUUGCUGGCAGAGGCAGCGGCGUGA